GCGGUGCCGCGGGGAUGAGCCCUCCCUCCAGAUGUGCGGGCACAACGGCUGGGGCAUGCACAACUGCAGGCAUGUGGAAGAUGCCAGCGUCAUCUGUGCAGCUCCAUAGCCAAUGCUUCCUGACGAACGGCCCAUCUCAACUGGCACCGGCCUGCGGCUCUCGGGCGGGAGGAACGGCUGCGAGGGCCGCGUGGAGCUGUACAACGGCAGCAGCUGGGGAACGGUGUGCGACGACUCGUGGGACCUGAGCGAUGCGCGGGUGGUGUGCAGGCAGCUGGGCUGCGGCCAGCCCACGGCCGCCCCGGGCAGCGCACGCUUUGGCCCCGGCACCGGGAGCAUCUUCCUGGACGACGUGCGGUGCCGCGGGGACGAGCCCUCCCUCCAGAUGUGCAGGCACAACGGCUGGGGCGUGCACAACUGCAGGCAUGUGGAAGAUGCCAGCGUCAUCUGUGCAGCUGCUCUGGCAACCCCGACUCCUGCAUCAGCAUCCUAUUCUUGCGGCGGCCUCAUUUCAAAUUCCUCUGGGAUACUGCAGAGCCCCUUCUAUCCUGGAAAUUACCCAAACAACGCUGACUGUGUGUGGCAAAUACAAGUACAGGACAAUUCCCGCAUCAUGCUGACAUUUAGAGAUAUCGCGAUGCAAAGCGGCAGAUGCCAGUUUGACUACGUUGAAGUCUAUGACGGGCCCCUGCACUCUUCCCCACUGCUCGGGAGACUUUGUUCUGGUUGCUUCCCCACGUACACGUCCUCCUCAAACAUGAUGACCAUACGCUUUCGCAGUGAUUCGAGAUACACCUUCCGAGGGUUUCAGGCUCAUUACUCCUCCAUUCCAGCAGAUCUCAACACUACCCCAGAGCUGACCCUUGCUGCUCAACGGCCCCUCUCAACUGGCACCGGCCUGCGGCUCUCGGGCGGGAGGAACGGCUGCGAGGGCCGCGUGGAGCUGUACAACGGCAGCAGCUGGGGAACGGUGUGCGACGACUCGUGGGACCUGAGCGAUGCGCGGGUGGUGUGCAGGCAGCUGGGCUGCGGCCAGCCCACGGCCGCCCCGGGCAGCGCACGCUUUGGCCCCGGCACCGGGAGCAUCUUCCUGGACGACGUGCGGUGCCGCGGGGACGAGCCCUCCCUCCAGAUGUGCAGGCACAACGGCUGGGGCGUGCACAACUGCAGGCAUGUGGAAGAUGCCAGCGUCAUCUGUGCAGCUGCUCUGGCAACCCCGACUCCUGCAUCAGCAUCCUAUUCUUGCGGCGGCCUCAUUUCAAAUUCCUCUGGGAUACUGCAGAGCCCCUUCUAUCCUGGAAAUUACCCAAACAACGCUGACUGUGUGUGGCAAAUACAAGUACAGGACAAUUCCCGCAUCAUGCUGACAUUUAGAGAUAUCGCGAUGCAAAGCGGCAGAUGCCAGUUUGACUACGUUGAAGUCUAUGACGGGCCCCUGCACUCUUCCCCACUGCUCGGGAGACUUUGUUCUGGUUCUUUCCCCACGUACACGUCCUCCUCAAACAUGAUGACCAUACGCUUUCGCAGUGAUUCGAGAUACACCUUCCGAGGGUUUCAGGCUCAUUACUCCUCCAUUCCAGCAGAUCUCAACACUACCCCAGAGCUGACCCUUGCUGCUCAACGGCCCCUCUCAACUGGCACCGGCCUGCGGCUCUCGGGCGGGAGGAACGGCUGCGAGGGCCGCGUGGAGCUGUACAACGGCAGCAGCUGGGGAACGGUGUGCGACGACUCGUGGGACCUGAGCGAUGCGCGGGUGGUGUGCAGGCAGCUGGGCUGCGGCCAGCCCACGGCCGCCCCGGGCAGCGCACGCUUUGGCCCCGGCACCGGGAGCAUCUUCCUGGACGACGUGCGGUGCCGCGGGGACGAGCCCUCCCUCCAGAUGUGCAGGCACAACGGCUGGGGCGUGCACAACUGCAGGCAUGUGGAAGAUGCCAGCGUCAUCUGUGCAGCUGCUCUGGCAACCCCGACUCCUGCAUCAGCAUCCUAUUCUUGCGGCGGCCUCAUUUCAAAUUCCUCUGGGAUACUGCAGAGCCCCUUCUAUCCUGGAAAUUACCCAAACAACGCUGACUGUGUGUGGCAAAUACAAGUACAGGACAAUUCCCGCAUCAUGCUGACAUUUAGAGAUAUCGCGAUGCAAAGCGGCAGAUGCCAGUUUGACUACGUUGAAGUCUAUGACGGGCCCCUGCACUCUUCCCCACUGCUCGGGAGACUUUGUUCUGGUUCUUUCCCCACGUACACGUCCUCCUCAAACAUGAUGACCAUACGCUUUCGCAGUGAUUCGAGAUACACCUUCCGAGGGUUUCAGGCUCAUUACUCCUCCAUUCCAGCAGAUCUCAACACUACCCCAGAGCUGACCCUUGCUGCUCAACGGCCCCUCUCAACUGGCACCGGCCUGCGGCUCUCGGGCGGGAGGAACGGCUGCGAGGGCCGCGUGGAGCUGUACAACGGCAGCAGCUGGGGAACGGUGUGCGACGACUCGUGGGACCUGAGCGAUGCGCGGGUGGUGUGCAGGCAGCUGGGCUGCGGCCAGCCCACGGCCGCCCCGGGCAGCGCACGCUUUGGCCCCGGCACCGGGAGCAUCUUCCUGGACGACGUGCGGUGCCGCGGGGACGAGCCCUCCCUCCAGAUGUGCAGGCACAACGGCUGGGGCGUGCACAACUGCAGGCAUGUGGAAGAUGCCAGCGUCAUCUGUGCAGCUGCUCUGGCAACCCCGACUCCUGCAUCAGCAUCCUAUUCUUGCGGCGGCCUCAUUUCAAAUUCCUCUGGGAUACUGCAGAGCCCCUUCUAUCCUGGAAAUUACCCAAACAACGCUGACUGUGUGUGGCAAAUACAAGUACAGGACAAUUCCCGCAUCAUGCUGACAUUUAGAGAUAUCGCGAUGCAAAGCGGCAGAUGCCAGUUUGACUACGUUGAAUUCUAUGACGGGCCCCUGCACUCUUCCCCACUGCUCGGGAGACUUUGUUCUGGUUCUUUCCCCACGUACACGUCCUCCUCAAACAUGAUGACCAUACGCUUUCGCAGUGAUUCGAGAUACACCUUCCGAGGGUUUCAGGCUCAUUACUCCUCCAUUCCAGCAGAUCUCAACACUACCCCAGAGCUGACCCUUGCUGCUCAACGGCCCCUCUCAACUGGCACCGGCCUGCGGCUCUCGGGCGGGAGGAACGGCUGCGAGGGCCGCGUGGAGCUGUACAACGGCAGCAGCUGGGGAACGGUGUGCGACGACUCGUGGGACCUGAGCGAUGCGCGGGUGGUGUGCAGGCAGCUGGGCUGCGGCCAGCCCACGGCCGCCCCGGGCAGCGCACGCUUUGGCCCCGGCACCGGGAGCAUCUUCCUGGACGACGUGCGGUGCCGCGGGGACGAGCCCUCCCUCCAGAUGUGCAGGCACAACGGCUGGGGCGUGCACAACUGCAGGCAUGUGGAAGAUGCCAGCGUCAUCUGUGCAGCUGCUCUGGCAACCCCGACUCCUGCAUCAGCAUCCUAUUCUUGCGGCGGCCUCAUUUCAAAUUCCUCUGGGAUACUGCAGAGCCCCUUCUAUCCUGGAAAUUACCCAAACAACGCUGACUGUGUGUGGCAAAUACAAGUACAGGACAAUUCCCGCAUCAUGCUGACAUUUAGAGAUAUCGCGAUGCAAAGCGGCAGAUGCCAGUUUGACUACGUUGAAGUCUAUGACGGGCCCCUGCACUCUUCCCCACUGCUCGGGAGACUUUGUUCUGGUUCCUUCCCCACGUACACGUCCUCCUCAAACAUGAUGACCAUACGCUUUCGCAGUGAUUCGAGAUACACCUUCCGGGGGUUUCAGGCUCAUUACUCCUCCAUUCCAGCAGAUCACAACACUAACCCAGAGCUGACCCUUGCUGCUCAACGGCCCCUCUCAACUGGCGCCGGCCUGCGGCUCUCGGGUGGGAGGAACGGCUGCGAAGGCCGCGUGGAGCUGUACAACGGCAGCAGCUGGGGAACGGUGUGCGACGACUCGUGGGACCUGAGCGAUGCGCGGGUGGUGUGCGGGCAGCUGGGCUGCGGCCAGCCCACGGCCGCCCCGGGCAGCGCACACUUCGGCCCUGGCACCGGGAGCAUCUUCCUGGACGACGUGCGGUGCCGCGGGGACGAGCCCUCCCUCCAGAUGUGCAGGCACAACGGCUGGGGCGUGCACAACUGCAGGCAUGUGGAAGAUGCCAGCGUCAUCUGUGCAGCUCCAGAGCCAACGCUUCCUGACGAAUGGCCCAUCUCAACUGGCCCAGAGCUGACCCUUGCUACACAACGGCCCCUCUCAACUGGUGCCGGCCUGAGGCUCUCGGGCGGGAGGAACGGCUGCGAGGGCCGCGUGGAGCUGUACAACGGCAGCAGCUGGGGAACGGUGUGCGACGACUCGUGGGACCUGAGCGAUGCGCGGGUGGUGUGCGGGCAGCUGGGCUGCGGCCAGCCCACGGCCGCCCCGGGCAGCGCACACUUCGGCCCUGGCACCGGGAGCAUCUUCCUGGACGACGUGCGGUGCCGCGGGGACGAGCCCUCCCUCCAGAUGUGCGGGCACAACGGCUGGGGCGUGCACAACUGCAGGCAUGUGGAAGAUGCCAGCGUCAUCUGUGCAGCUGCUCUGGCAACCCCGACUCCUGCAUCAGCAUCCUAUUCUUGCGGUGGCCUCAUUUCAAAUUCCUCUGGGAUCCUGCAGAGCCCCUUCUAUCCUGGAAAUUACCCAAACAACGCUGACUGUGUGUGGCAAAUACAAGUACAGGACAAUUCCCGCAUCACGCUCACAUUUAGAGAUAUCGCGAUGCAAAGCGGCAGAUGCCAGUUUGACUACGUUGAAGUCUAUGACGGGCCCCUGCACUCUUCCCCACUGCUCGGGAGACUUUGUUCUGGUUCCUUCCCCACGUACACGUCCUCCUCAAACAUGAUGACCAUACGCUUUCGCAGUGAUUCGAGAUACACCUUCCGGGGGUUUCAGGCUCAUUACUCCUCCAUUCCAGCAGAUCACAACACUACCCCAGAGCUGACCCUUGCUGCUCAACGGCCCCUCUCAACUGGCGCCGGCCUGCGGCUCUCGGGCGGGAGGAACGGCUGCGAGGGCCGCGUGGAGCUGUACAACGGCAGCAGCUGGGGAACGGUGUGCGACGACUCGUGGGACCUGAGCGAUGCGCGGGUGGUGUGCGGGCAGCUGGGCUGCGGCCAGCCCACGGCCGCCCCGGGCAGCGCACGCUUCGGCCCUGGCACCGGGAGCAUCUUCCUGGACGACGUGCGGUGCCGCGGGGACGAGCCCUCCCUCCAGAUGUGCGGGCACAACGGCUGGGGCGUGCACAACUGCAGGCAUGUGGAAGAUGCCAGCGUCAUCUGUGCAGCUGCUCUGGCAACCCCGACUCCUGCAUCAGCAUCCUAUUCUUGCGGCGGCCUCAUUUCAAAUUCCUCUGGGAUCCUGCAGAGCCCCUUCUAUCCUGAAAAUUACCCAAACAACGCUGACUGUGUGUGGCAAAUACAAGUACAGGACAAUUCCCGCAUCACGCUCACAUUUAGAGAUAUCGCGAUGCAAAGCGGCAGAUGCCAGUUUGACUACGUUGAAGUCUAUGACGGGCCCCUGCACUCUUCCCCACUGCUCGGGAGACUUUGUUCUGGUUCCUUCCCCACGUACACGUCCUCCUCAAACAUGAUGACCAUACGCUUUCACAGUGAUUCGAGAUACACCUUCCGAGGGUUUCAGGCUCAUUACUCCUCCGUUCCAGCAGAUCACAACACUACUCUGCUGUGCUUGCCAGACUACAUGCAUGCAGUGGUUAGCAGAGACUACCUCCAGUCUCUGGGCUACUCAGCGCAGAUGGUCACCCUUAACGACGGUCGCUGUAGACCCACCAUCACAUCCCAUGAGGUGAUAUUCAACAUCCCCUACAAUGGCUGUGGAACAGCACGCGAGGAGAAUGAGGAUACAAUCAACUAUUCCAACAUGAUCAAGGUUACAUCUUCUGGGUACAUAAUCAAGAGGAAAAAGGAUAUUCACUUCCAUAUCAGUUGCAAAAUGCUCGAGAACACAUGGGUGCAAGUAAUGUAUAUUGCUGAGGAUAUCAUAGACAUGAACGAAAAUCAGUUUGGAAGAUACGACAUAAACAUCACGUUUUAUGAUUCCUCAUCCUUCAUGCAGCAAGUGCAUGACUUCCCAUACUACAUUGACUUGAACCAAAAUCUGUACCUUCAAGCUUAUCUUCACAGCUCCGACCCAAAUCUCACCGUGUUUGUGGACACAUGCAUGGCAUCACCUAAUCCUCAUGAUUUUAACACUCUGGUCUAUAAUAUAAUCAAGCAUGGAUGUGCUAGAGAUUCCUCCUAUGCCACGUACUACUCCCCCCACAGCCACUGUGCCCGGUUCACGUUCAGUGGCUUCGAGUUCAUCAGCCGUUACCCGUCGGUGUUCCUGCGGUGCGAGCUGGUGGUGUGCCAGCUGUGGGACUACUCCUCCCACUGCUACCGGGGCUGUGUCAGAAGGUCCAAGAGAGAUGCAAGUCCUGACAGGGUGAACGUGGUUGUCGGACCGCUCCAGCUUCGGGAGGGAGCUGCGCAGAGCAGGAACACCGGGCUGGACUCUCCUCUGCCUCCUUCCCAGGUGGUUCCCACCGAGGCUGAUAAAACCCUCACGCCGGUCGUUGCUGCUCUCGCCAUCCUGGCAGCUGUCGUUUUCGUUCUUGCCGGUUUGCUGGUGAGGCCCACACUGAAGAAUCCGCUGUCACAUGGAGUAAUGUGAGACUGAAUGUCAGCAUCGUCCACUGAGUGACUGCUGAGCAAACAUCACGUAUUACAGCCACCCCAAUGCUCCAUUGAUGACAGCCACGUGUGCCAUUUGUGAGGAGCUCUGAUGUCUUUAUCUACAACGAAUCCUAGCCUGUCACAAUGAUUUAAAAUGCCUUUGUAGUCCUAGCACCCCUUAAAUGAUUAGGAAAUAAUCAUAGAAUGGUUUGAGUUGCAAGGGACCUUAAAUUUCAUCUAGUUCCAACCACCCCUGCCGUGGGCAAUGACACCUUCCCCUACCCAUGGCAUCCAUGUUACAAGGUGUUUGGUGCAAUCAUUAUCUCCUUUUUCUCCUCUUUAUUUCUCUUCUCACGCCCUUCCAAGACCAUUUAUCCAAUGCCUCAAAAUUCUGUGAGUUGGAGAGAAACUAUGAAUGAGGCAUCAAUAAAUAUUUCAAGGUUUAUUAAAAGGGAGAAAGAUUUAAUUUGGGGAGAAGUAAUAGGUCAUGUCUGGAAAGGAAAUGUAAACUUGAUCAUAUUGUGGCAUCUGGAAUUCUAGCUCUACAAUAUUGUCAUUUUUCUGAGCAUAGUUCUUACUGUCAGAUCUCUCAGUGAUACACUGAUGGAGCUGGGCAGAGAUUUCCAACCUGAAGCAACGUGUUGUGUGAGGAGUGUAGUUUAAAAUCAAAGGAACAAAUGUUUACAAAGCAGUAAUUCUAUUCUGUCUU